AUGGAAGGAAAUUCAGACAUAGUUGGUGAGUUUCAGAGUGCAGUACCGAUACAUAAGACAUAUGUAGCACACAUGAUGAAGAAGAAGGGUCUCAAGCGCGCUGCUGAUUCCGGUACACACGCAAGAGUUGGAGGUUACACUUACUUGCUUAAGCCUCUUUGGUGGGCAGGAAUGGUUUUGAUGAUUGUUGGAGAGGUUGCGAACUUUGUAGCCUACGUUUAUGCUCCAGCAGUUCUGGUGACCCCUCUUGGUGCAUUGAGUAUAAUUAUUAGUGUCAUUUUGGCACAUUUCAUGUUGAAAGAACGGCUACAGAAAAUUGGUGUUCUUGGAUGUGUUUCCUGCAUUGUGGGGUCAGUGGUGAUUAUGAUCCAUGCACCUCAAGAGCACACUCCAAAUUCGGUACAAGAAAUCUGGGCUCUGGCAACUCAACCAGUAUUCCUAAUAUAUGUAGCAGCUACAUUAUCUGCAGUAUUGGGUUUGAUCUUAUAUUUUGAACCUCGAUAUGGACAGACCAAUAUACUGGUUUACUUGGGCAUUUGUUCAUUAAUGGGUCCACUUACGGUUGUGAGUAUAAAGGUCGCUUGUACCAUGGGCAUCAAAUGA